AUGCAGACGACAAGGCACCAUGGCUAUCGUGGCCGGGUCCGGAGCGGCUGUCUUACUUGCCGAGCUCGCAAAGUCAAAUGCGACGAGACCAAGCCCGUCUGUAAUAACUGUACAAGAUUACAUCGCCAAUGCACAUACAAGCCCCGAAGAGUCUUCCGGGAGACUGCCAGCGCCGACAAUUCGCCACCAGGUCAACCAUCAUUCCACUUCGGGGGAGCAGCUCAAGCAUCGGAAGCGCAUGAUGUCAACCAAUCCCACUCCAGCCCGUCGCUCACCGAUGACUAUGAAAACCAAGGGUCAUCAAAGGUGCUCUCGAAUGAGAGGACAAACCAAACUCCCUUCUUGUUCGAAGGCAGAACAAAUGUAGACGUCACUGCCUGUUUACAAAAAGCUCUUCAACACCGAAGUGCAAUUACUAUCGUGGAUGACAGCUACGAGCGCGACGAAUCCCCACUGAACCUGAUAUCACGGGAUAUCGAGUUGACCACGACACUCGAUAUCCUCACUCUACGUACACACUCACCCUACAUGACAGAACUCUUCCUCGAUACAGUGGAAUGCCCUGGUAUCACACCAUUCGAUCCCCUCAACUGGAACCGCGCCAAGGAUCAUAUUGUACAUCUGGGAAAGUCAUGUCUAGCUAUUUCUUCCGGCAUAACAGCUGUCGCAACUCUAUGCAGUGGACAGGUAUUCUCCCUUUCCACAUCUGAGUCACUCUCUCACUAUCAGUCCGCGAGGAAGAAUGUCGAAGAGUUGUUGGGAGAUGACGAUAAAGACUUUGAGCUUGUUCUGGCAGCUGUCUUUCUGUUGUGUAUUUUUGAGCUGAUUUACUCUGGAGAUAUCACACCUUACCUGAGAGAACCGAGCCGAAUCUUCAUACGAAGACUAGAAGCUUGGGUACAGACUCAAACUUCUUACUCGGAGCUUUGCACACGCAUAGUCACGUGGCUGAAAAUUCUUUACUCGGCUUCCUUUCGAGGUGGAGCCAUGGGCCUGCUAUCUGAAAGGGUAGUCAGCCUUCUCCCCAAGUUCAGUGGCCCAAUACCGAACCUCCGACCUCGUAUCGACCAAGAGACAGAAUUAUCCAAUCAUCUAUACGAGGUCUUGAGCGCUCCCAUCUUUGACUUUUACUGCCAACUUCAAACUCUAUCUGGAGAGAUUGCCAAACUUUCACUUUAUCAUCGAUCGCGCACGAAACGCAAAGACCAACAGGAAGUAGUCGAACGAAUGGCGUGUCUAAAAAUCCGACUUCGGGCACUAUGGGAAGCUCGGUGCGCUACGCAGCGUCAGUCUCCGGAGCAUCUGCGCUCCCAAAUUGUUCCCAGGAUCGCAGACAUGAUUUCGAGUCUUAUCAGUAUUUGUGAGGCCGCGUUUCAUGCCGAGUUCAUCGACAUCGGCAGACAGCUCGGCGAUCCUGUAUCUCAAUCUCCACAUUCCACAGAAGCAUUGGGCAGGAUUAAGGAGAUUCUGGAGGGAGAUUGCAGUGACAAUGAGGAGGGUAAGGCAAGAGGAAUCAACCCUGGGUACUUGAGACCGUUGUUUCUAUGUGCUAUAGAGAGUACAGAUAAGGAACAGACCAGCUGGGCCGUGGAGAAGCUGGCUGGGAUCCAGAAUCAUGUCUAUCGUGGAGAGUUUUUCUUGGCAUUUGCGAAGGCACUUUCAGAAGCACAAACGCGUCAUGACAGAAGGGUAACUUCGAGGUAUUUCUGCAUCUGGUAUUUUGGAACCGCACCACCAUUCCUAUAG